AUGCCCAAGCAACUCCUCAGGGAAGCUAUUGACGAGUGUGGCAGUGCCGGGGGUAGUGUGGGCACUACAUCAACGGCGAUUCAGAAUGACCGUAAGGUGGGAAGGACGCUGGAACUGGGAGGAUGUGCCGUGCCGCCAGGAAACAUUCUGCAAGCGAAGAAUACUGUGGCGAGUCGUCCAUACCUGGUGGAACUAGAGCAGCUCAAUGAACGCUCGUCAGUGUUGAAAGCGGGUUUCAUUAGCGGGAUGGAGUUGUCAGUCCUCACCGCUGUUGUCACCGACGCUGAGGUGGAGGAGAUCAUAGGCGAGACAGCGGAGCCCUUUGCCAAGGCAAACACAAUAGCGGAGAUGGAGGCAACACGCAGAACAAAUAUAAUUCCAGCCAUCGCUGCGGCGGAGAAUCUUGACUGUUACGAAGCUGAAGUCACAUCUACCCGUCUCCAGAAGCCAGGGAUGGCCAGUGAGUCUGUGGAACGCAAAUUUCCAUUUGCCGAGGAGGAUUACACUGAGGCACACGAGGCUGAGGACAUUGAACGUGAAACAAGGGUACCGAAAGCACGAAGAGACCUGAAAGCUGCUUCGACAAUAACCGGGAACUCUGCUGUUUCUCAUGAGCAAAUGGCUUACCGAGCCGAGGCACAGCAACCGCGUGUGGAAGUUUGUCAACAGACUUCUCGGAAGACGAGUUCGGAUACUGUGCGGGCAACAGAUACCGGAGGCUGCACGGGAGACGGGGCCCCCACGUACGAGACGCAGAUGAGCAGCAUUCUCCGUGGAAACACAAGUCAAGAUGGGCGCGCUGCAUAUCCGAUUGUAAGAUGUGGGAACGGCUACGACGUGGGGACUCGAGGCGUCAUCUCCAUCAAAAUUAUUGUAGCGCCGUAG